UCUUCUUUCUCAUUUUUAUAUAUAUAUAUUUUUGGUUCACAAUGAGCCAGAUGUUUUCAGCUGGUGAAAGGUCUGGACUGCAGGCAGGCCCAUCAGCACUCUGACACUUUUACUAUGAAGCCAUGCUGUUGUAAUAGAGGGAUGAUACAGUUUAGCAUUGUCUUGCUGAAAUAUUUGAGGCCUUCCUUGAAAAAGAUGCUGUCUGGAUGGGAGCAUAUGUUGCUCCAAACCUGUAUGUACCUUUCAGCACUGAUGGUGCUUUUCCUGAUGUGCAUUAAUGCCAUUUCCACUGGCACUAAUGCACAUCCAGACUAUCACUGCAGGAUUUUGAACUGACUCUUGAUAACAAGCCCAAAGCUCUCACUCCAUUUUUUUUUUAGGCCAGAUGAUACAAUGAUAGAGUUUUAACCCAGAUUUGUGCAUGCAGUGAUUCAUGACAGAAUCAUCACAGUUUGUAAUGCAGUGCUUCCUGAGGGCCUGAAGAUCGUGGGCAUCCAAUAUUGAUUUUCAGCCUUGUUCCUUGCACACAGGGAUUUCUCCAGAUUUUCUGAAUCCGUCGAUGAUAUUACACUCUGGACAUGACGAGAUAUUCAAAGUCUUCACAGUUUUACAUUAAGGAACAUUAUUUCUAAAUUCUUCCACAAACAUUUGGCUUAAACCUCUGCCCAUCUUUACUACAAAACUCUGCCUCUCAAAGACUCUUUUUAUGCCGAAUGACAUUAAUGACCUGUUGCUAAGUAACCUAAUUAGUUGCAGUGUGGCUCCAUAGUGCUUUACGCAGUUGUUAGGCAAGCAAAAGGUUGCUGACCUGGUUCCAGUCAGAGAUAUAAUUCCCUUUUGGCUUGAGUCAGGAAGGACAUCCAGUGUAAAACACUUUGUGAUAAGGGAGCGGCUCAAGAGUAGUUAGAUGCAGACUGAUCCUCCAGCUGUUUCUUUUUAGUAACACAUGUUUUGCCCGUCCCAAUUAGGGCAUCAAAUUCAAUGUGCACAUGUAUAAAACACAAUGAGAACUGUGAGUAGAGCUCUUCGAGCUCACAACCCAGCCUUUUGUUAUGAAGAGAAGGAGAAGUACGUUGCCAUGCAGAGGAUGAUGCCAUGUCAAAGGUCCUCACUGUAGAAGCGAUUUUGUUUGGGCUCUUGGUGUUUUCUGGCAUUUUGGGAAACAUCCUGGUCAUCUAUGUGGUGUUUCAGUCAGUCACUAAGACUCCACCUCGGAGACUCCCUCCUUCGGACCUUAUUCUGGUGCACCUGUGCCUAGCAAACCUGCUGAGCUCACUUUUCCGCACAGUGCCUAUUUUUGUGUCAGACCUGGGCUUGGAUCUGUCUCUGUCCUCCGGAUGGUGCAGAGUCUUCAUGCUGCUGUGGGUGUGGUGGCGAGCCGUGGGAUGUUGGGUGACCCUGACGCUGAGUGCUUUUCAGUGCACCACACUGAGACGCCAAAAUGUGGCCUUUGGACCUCUUACUGUCCAGAGGGAGAGGCGGCGGCUCUGGGUUGUCCUGGGGGUGGUGUGGGGGGCGAACCUGGCUUUCUCUGUUCCUGCACUGGUAUACAGCACCCAUGUUAAAGGCAAUGCCACAGUGGAGCUGAUGGUGAUCAGUUCCACCACCAGGCCUCUGCUAGGCUGCGUCUGGGAGUUUCCAUCAGAAGAACAAGGCACGGUCUUCGCCUCUACUUCGCUGGCAGUGAACGAGGUGUUGCCGCUGGUGCUGAUGGUUUGCACCAAUGUUGCCACACUGCACGCUUUGGCCAAGCACAUCCGAGCUGUUGCCUCAGGAGGGACCCACACUGAACUCGACAAACAUCUGUCUAGUGAACGUAAGGCAGCUCAAGUAAUCAUGUCUCUGGUGUUGCUGUUUGUUGUCUGCUGGGUGCUACAGGUUGCUGCAGUAACAUACUACAACCACAACAGGGGGCACCAUGCUGAAGGGCUGCUGACUGUUUCCCAUUUUUCUUCUUCACUGUUUGUGGGAUUCAGCCCCUUGGUGGUGGCCCUGGGACAUGGAAAACUGAGGAGAAAAAUCACGAGUAUGAUGCUAGGGUGAGCUACAAUUCUUAAAUGUCACAGUAAAGGUGCCGAAAAGCAGACUAAAUCCCCAAAGGCUACAGGAAAGACGAGAAAUAAACCAGUUUUUGUUGUUCAAAGAGAGAUGAAGGUCAUAAAAGUGCAAGAGAAGAUUAAAUAAAAAUAAAUUCUGAACAAGAGCACUCAGAGAAGAGCAAGGACUAUUCUAAAACUCUCAUGUUUUAUUAUGUUUUUAUUACAACACAUUGAGGUGUGACCUUUGACUCAUGACCUUAAAGCAUUACAUACUAAAAUGGUGUCUUUAUUUUAUUGUCUUUACUCAUAUGUUUGGAGCAGAGUCGGAUGAAAUCUUUGGCUCCUAUAAAUGGUUACAUUUGUGAUUUUCAGAUAUAUUAAUGCGGUGUGGGGUUUU